GGUAAGCAACUGUCUGUCACGGUCACUGUUGUGUUCACUUCUCACUGAUCAAACAUCACAGUUCAUGUUUUUCGUCGAUGAGUAUAAUGACACACGGAUGGAUUUAAUCUGACCUGCUGACAGGCACAUCUGUAACUUUUGACGUCUCAUAUAAACAGGCUUUCUCAACCAGGUUUCAUGGCUCAGUUUUUAAACGUCAUGAUAUAUACUGACCCAUAAAACUGAUGACUGUUCCUCCAGGGAAUUGAACAAACAGCGAUGACGGCAGUUUUUUUUUAAAGCAGCAGGUAGGAGAACAUUAACCAGGCAGACAUCAGGCCUGUGUUACUCAAGCUUACUUGGAAACAGACACCUGAGCCCCGGUGUGUUACCUCCCCCACCCGUGACAUCACACGCCUCUUUUAUCUGCUGCCAAAGACAAAGCCGCAUUUAACUUGCAGUAAUCAGCGCUGUGACCUAACCUGUCAUGCACUGGAGAUGCGUGAGGAUUUGCGUGUGCUCUUUUGUGAUGUUUUCUGCAGUAUGCUGAUAUAAUAGAGAUAUGAGCUCGGCUGGACUCGAGUUCUCGUGAGCUAAGAGUCAUGAAACUUUGUCCUUGUCAAGCUCCAGUUUAUGGCAAUUGUGUGCUAACAGUUCAUCUUGGUGAUGAGGUGCUCAGUGAUGGAGAACAGGGCGAGGUCGAGCUCUUCCUGUUGUUUACCGGCUCCACUCAGAGACAUCUUACUAGUACGCAGAGGGUUAACCAGACCACCCUUCAGGCUGUCUGUCCAGCUCAUAACUGUUGUGAGUCGGUGCCGGUCACUCUGUGCUCAGCGGGACCUGAUGGUUUUAUUCAAACGCUGGCCAGCAGGCACCUGUGCUUCACACAGGAUCUGGCCUUCGACAUGGCUCAGUUUCUGGUGAGCGCGGCGGGUCGGACAGACGUGCUGGAGGAGGCUCUGCUGCUGGAUGAACAUCAGAUUCCCAUGCAGGAGUGUGAGAGAUUGGACCAGAGUCUGUCCCUGGCUCUCGGACAUCUCGCACUGCCCUCUGACUGGAACCUGAUGGGAGAUAACACAAAGCUGGAACCUCAAGAGACCCUCCUUCAUUUUGCAGCCCGUCGUGGGCUUUACAAAGUGGCCAGUUUCCUCCUAAAACGGUCAGGGGCUCGAGAGGCCCUCAACAUGUGCAACAAAGAGGGGGACACGCCGGCAGUCAUCGCCCGGAGCCGAGGACACACGGCACUGCUGGAGCUCUUCACCCAGGAGGAUUACUCAGACAUGGGUGUUGAGACGCUCAAACAGAUCUCCUCCGGCACAUGUGCGGUACAGCACCACCCCUCUCUGAACACCUACACCCUAACUGUAAGCAGUGAGCCAGGCGGCGCUCCACCCAGCCUGCAGGCUGACAUCCUACAACUGCGCAGACACAUCAUCUGCCAUCGCAUAGGCAAGGGAGGAGUUGUGUUUCAGCAGAGCUCCGAGUCUCCUCAUGCUCCCCAAGAAUGCGUUGCCAACCGAGAAAGCAGAGAUGGUCGUUUUGAAGUGACACAGCGCAACUCCCUCGAUAAAAGUGAGCUGGUGUUCACUCCUUUCAGUAUAAAAGAAAACAAAGACACAGAGCGUAAUGACUCGCUGGAUCCGUUACACAACAGGGAGGGUGACAAAGAUCCCUCGCUCAGCUGUGAACCUCCAGCGUCUCCCCUACGCAAUGGCAACAGUGAAGAUCAGCGGGCGUGUGCUUGUGAAAACAGCGAGAGUGAUUACAAAGAGCAAGAGGAGAACUUAGAUGUUGCCGGGAGCUUGAGAGAUAGUAGUGAUGCUUUACAGAGCGGAUCUGAAGGUGAAAGCAUAGACUGCGCUGCCCUUUCCUGUGGACAACAGCCAGAGGAAACUGAUAAAGCUGACGACAUCAUCUGUGAAACAUCGGGUUGUGCUGAGGGGCCUGAGGGGGGAAACCGGGAAGAGGGACAAAAUUCGGUAGAGAAGAAACCACCGGAGAAGCUUUGUUAUACAGUAGAGGCAGGAGAAAUGGGAAUCACGCAGUCUUUAGACACGCCGGAAAGCUCGGAUGUGGAAUCUAGUUCUCAGGGUGUUGAGAGCGAUGAUGAGGGAGAGGAAGAUGAUGGGUUUGUAGAUGCAUUAGAACCAGAGAAGGUGAAAGAAGAAAACAAAGAUUUACACCCAGAGUUGGAAGAGCCGUUUAUAGAGGAUGUUAAGCAACAUCAAAAUGACUGCGUGAAACAAAUUUUAUCUGAGAGUGAAAUUCACGCUUGCCAUGAAGCCAUUUGCCAACCAGGAACCCAUGAGCCGGAGGGAUCUGAUGAAGGAGAGAAGGAAGGUGUUUGUGAUAUCUUCUGUAAUGUGGAAGAAGAUUUUUCAGAAACUGUUGAUCGUGAAGAAGUCUUAUUUCAAGAAAACAAACUAUUUGAAGGUUAUGCUAAUGUAAAUUUAGAUGGUAGCAAAAUGGAGGAUGGCACCGACAAUGAUGCAACCUCAUGGACAACUAAUCAUUUUGAGGAAUCUAAAAUAGACCAAGAACUGUCACCUGUAGAAAAUACAAACAAUGUUUACCCACCAGUAGAAGAAGAUAAGGAUUCAGAGAGAUGCAUUGAAACGCCAACCAGUGAUGACACCUUAGUACCUGAGGAUCUAGAUGAGGUUCUAGUAAACUCUAGCUGUGAGCAACAAAUGGAUAGCAUGGAGAACCUCGGAGAAAGGUUGAAGGCAACAUCGAAGGAAGUUCUUCAGUCAGUAGUGACUGUAGAUAUGGAGAUUGUGACGCUUCCAGACUCUCCCAGUCUUCAGGAUCAGAGGAAGGAUGUGACCUUGAACAAUGAGGUCAUGCAGGAGACAUCAGAAGCUUUGUUUGUUCCUACAGAUCGAUCUGGAGAUGAAGGCCUCCUGCCUGCUCUCUCAGACACACUGGUUAUAUCAAAGAAAGCAGGAAUCUCAGAGGAAGAUCUGCUGGGUUCAGUCAUCCAUAAUGACCUUGUUGGUGAUGCCUUACACAUCCUAGAUUCUUUUAAUGAGAAAGGAGUUUCAGGAGUGUAUCCUGAAGAUGUCCACGGAUGUGUAGAUCCUAUUACUCAACACUCAGGCGCUGAAGUACAUCAGGAUGCCCAACCAGGGGGUGAGGAAGACCAUCUGAAAGAGGUGGACCCUCAGGAGACCACAUGGGCCGAUGUUGACACGGACAAAAACGCACCAAUGAUGCAUAGAGACAAAGACAUACUGUGUUCCAAUGUUGUUCAGAAGAGACACAGCAUAGCGUCCUCAGAGAAGUUUCCAGACUGUCACAGCACAUUUCGAGACUUGGAUGGAUUUCUCAGUCUGGACACUGGUCAGGACAACGUCUUUAAAAAGGAGGUUGUAGGAGGAGGUGACAGCACCAGUGAAGUCUCGGUCUCCUGCUCCUCCACAGACGACACAGCCAGCGUCGGACACCCCAGCUCUUCGGCAGAGAGCUCAGAGGAGGUGCGACAGGGAGGGGAGGCGGAGGAGGAGGCCAAAGAUAGCCUGACAGAGGUGCCACUGCGCUCCUCUCUAUUCAGAUCCGCCAUACGCUCCAUCUCUCCCUUCCGCAGACACAGCUGGGGUCCUGGGAAGAACCAGGGAGGCGACGGCGAGAUGAGCCGACGCAGUUCAGUAUGCAGUUCAGGAGAGGGAAAGCCUGUAUUUUACAGAAGAAGUUUAAGUUGGUGCCCCUGUGACCCUCCCCUCCGUGGAGACCUGGAGGAAAUUAGAGCGCUUAUCAGUUAUAGUUUAGAGGGCCUCGCAGCUGAGGUUGAGGAUGGAAAGCGCUGGAUACCACCGUCUCGAGGUCCGUCUGCGGAUCAGAGAGGGGACCAGCGGCAGGACAGCGAGGAGAGGGGCUCACUGAUGUCCCUCACGGAGGAGGGUCCUGAACCGGAGCUGGGAGAAUUCAGGAGUCCAGAGAGACAGAAGUCAAGGAGGUAUCAUCCAUUGAGACAACACUGUCCGUCUUUGACUCUUCCCCUGACUAAAUCUGUCUCAAUGGUUUCCAUCAGUCAGCGAGACAUAGAUGGCAUGAGGUCAUUCACCAGCACCACCAGUUCAAUGGGAUACAGCAUCACAGAGGAGGAACCUGGACCUUUAAGAGGAGACUUUAAUAAAAGCAGUACCAAAGUGGGCCGAACUUUCAGCUACCUGAAGAACAAAAUGUCCAAGAGAACCAGAGAAAAAGACAAGGAUAAAAGUCGGGAGAAGGAGAAAGAAGCCAAAGAUAAGAGGACGGUGAACGGACAUCAGUUCAGCACGCCCAACUUGCUGCAUCCAGCUUUGUGCCAGCAAUGCAACAAAUCAAUCAACACUAAAGAUGCCGUUAACUGCACAUAUUGCAAUGUGAGAGUUCACAAGAGCUGUCGAGAAAAUCUCCCCAGUUGUUCAAAAGGCAAAAUUAAGUUUGCAAUACCAGAAUCAACCACAAUGCCUGCUGUCACCCUACGAACAAAAUCGUCCACGAUGCGGGAACGGCCCUGGUCUGCCGUCUUAUCUCCUGAUGAGCACUGUUUAUUUCCACCAUCCAGAAGACCCACCAGUAUUAUACCCUUCCACAGCACCAAUCUGUCCAAGAGCAUGUCCAUUAACAAUAUACCCAUGUUUGAUGAUGUGCCUCUGAGAGGUUUGAGGUAUCUGUCUCAAUCCACAGACUCCCUACACAAACACAAUAAAGUGACCGAAUCCACAGAGUCUCUAGAUGAAGGAACUGAGAUCAUUGACAGCCAGCUGAUGGGAGAGUUUGAAGCAGAUGCUAAAGAGUUCGAAGCCGACUCCUGGAGCGUUACUGUAGAUCAAAACUGUUUGAAGCAACUCAAGAAGGACGUCAUUAAAAGACAAGAUGUCAUCUAUGAGCUAAUCCAGACAGAGAUGCAUCACCUGAGGACGUUGCGUAUCAUGUCUGACGUCUACAGUAAAGGUCUGCAGUCGGACCUGCAGCUGGAGAUGCAGACGGCGGAGAAGAUGUUCCCCAUGUUGGAUGAACUUUUGGACCUGCACACGUUCUUCCUCAGCGCACUGCUGGAGAGAAAGAGGGAGUCCAGACUGGAGGACUCGGAUCGAGGGGUUGUGAUCAACCGGAUAGGAGACGUGCUGGUUAGCCAGUUCUCAGAGUAUAAUGGGGAAAACAUGAGGAAAGUCUACGGCAAAUUUUGCAGUCGACACAAUGAAGCGGUGAACUUCUACAAAGAGCUUCACGCUAGAGACAAGCGCUUCCAGGCCUUCAUCAGGAAGAAAAUGAGCAGUAGCGUGGUCCGGCGUAUGGGCAUCCCCGAAUGCAUAUUACUGGUCACUCAACGAAUAACAAAGUACCCGGUGUUGUUACAGAGAAUUCUGCAGCACACGAGAGAUAGCGAUGAAGAAUUUGAGGACUUGACACAGGCGUUAAAGCUGGUAAAAGACAUCAUAACUUCAGUGGACAGUAAAGUGAAUGAACACGAGAAGAAGAGAAGAUUAAAGGAGGUCUACGGACGAACGGACAGCAAGUCCAUCACGCGAAUGAGGAGUGGUCAGAUGUUCGCUCGAGAAGAUCUGCUGCGCAGUGGAAAGCUUCUUCAUGAAGGUCCUCUACAGUUGAAGAACGCUGCUGGCCGCUUGAAGGAUGUCCACGCACUUCUCCUGUCUGACGUCUUUGUGUUCCUUCAGGAUAAAGAUCAGAAAUAUGUCUUUGCUUCUCUGGACCAGCGAGCCACUGUAAUCUCCCUGCAGAAGCUGAUCGUGCGAGAGGUUGCUCACGAGGAACGAGGUCUCUUCCUCAUCACCGCCGGCAUCGAGCAGCCCGAGAUGGUGGAGGUGCGCACCAGCUCCCGUGAGGAGCGCAACACCUGGAUGCAGCUUAUACAGGACGCCAUGCACUCCAUAGAGAAGGACGAUGAUGAGGGCAUCCCGAGCGAAACGGAGGAAGACAAGAAACUGCUUGAAAGCAAAACCAAAGAAAUGAGAGACAUGCUGCAGAGGAAAGAUGAUCAGAUCGUCUCUCUCCUCAUGGAGAAAAUAAAGUUGUUUCGUGAGAUGUGCGGUUCGCCGGAUGACCCCGUCAAAAUGCUCUUCAGGGCCAACAACGAGGACGUCCCUAAAGGCGAGCCAAUCAUGAUGGAUGCUCUGAAAGAGGUGGAGAUGUUGCAGGCGCUGGUCAACAGCAGUUUGGGAGGAGCGGUGGGUCAGCAGGUGGCCGGCGCUCAGGGGAACAUCAGUCUGCCACGCAGAGCCGAGACCUUCGGAGGAUUUGACAGCCACCAGAUGAACGUGUGCAAACAUGGUGAAAAAGAAGAGAGUGAAGAUCUGAGGAGAACAGAAUCUGACAGUGUUUUGAAGAAGGGAGGAAACGCCAACCUGCUGCUCCUGCUGAAGAGAGACAGUGAGCAGGUCCUGUCGAGUGUCAGUCAUCUCCACAACCUCCUCUCCUCACUGCAGGGUGUGGUACUGCAGCAGGACACCUUCAUCGAGGACCAGCGUCAGGCUCUGAACGAGCGCGCCCCGCCCCGUUCGUCCUCUCGCCCCCCCUCGCUGGUGGAGCAGGAGAAACAGCGCAGCCUGGAGCGCCACCGGCAGGAGGCCACCACCCUGCAGCGUCAGCAGGCCGCUCACGCCGAAGAGAGACGCCGCCGGGAGCGGGAGUGGGACUCCAGGGAUCGGGAACUCACCGACCGGGAGGUGCUGCUCCACGAGAGGGAGGAGAAGAUGAGGAGGCGGCACGUCGAGCUGGAGGAGGCGCAGCAGGCGCUGCAGGGGAAAAAAGAGGAUUAUCAGAAGGAUCUGGAGCGACUGAGAGAUGCUCAGAGGCGGCUGGAGAGGGAGAGGGAGCAGGUGCAAAGGGAGGCGGAGAGAGUGGAGAAUCUGCGCGAGGUGGAGGCGCGGUUUCGGCGCACCCCAUCCAGCACAUCAGAGGACUCCUUCAAGCUCCAGAGCAGCGGCUCCUUCGACAAAGAUAUCUGGGAGGGCGAGAUGUCCUCAAGUCCCAGGAGAAACUCCAUGUCCAGGAUGGACUCCAAACAGAAGGGCCGCGGCCUCUUCUCGCUGGGUGGCAAAACUCAAAGCUCAGGGGUCCAGAACCAGAUUCCCACGCGUCUGCUCCAGCUGGCUUCGACCAAGGAGAAGAAAGACAAGAAGAAAAAGAAGAACAAGAACCCGGUUCCUCAGGAAGCAGCGUCACACCUGCUGCCCCUGACUGAACCUUCAGUGGAUGGAGAGAUAUAUUUCUGCUGAUUUUCCAUCACCAAAUCAUUUCCUCAACCAUUCCCACUCUCUCCCUUAGGAGACAUGUGUCACAUCAGGACGUCAGACAAAGUGCCCUGUGUUUUGGGCAACUAUUUAAUAACAUACAUUUUGCAUCAAUAAGAUUGACAGCUUUGUUUUUGUCAGCCUUGACUUUUGAUUUUGGUAUGAAAUGUCUCCUAGAUAUUUUUGUUACAUUUUUGCAAAACACGUGUUGAAUUUGUGCUUACGUACUUUAGGAGAAAUUAUGUUUUAAAGAGGUCAUAGCGUGAAUAUCUGACUUUUUUUGUAUAAGUAUAAUUGGGUCCCCAGUAGAAAGUGUGAAGAAAAAAAAGUAACUUAGUUUUGCUAAACCAUCCUCUGCAAACAGGGGAAAAAAAACUCAAUUACAUUUUGCCUGUUUUGUGACGUAGAUAGGAAGGCAAUAUUACAAUAAUACCGUCCCUUAACCCAUUCCCCGCCAGCCAUUUUUUUUAUGUUGCCCACCCGCAUUUUUUGUGAUUUUUGCUAAAGUUUCCCAAAAAGCCUUCCAGGAAAAUUUUCUUCUAAAAAUAUAUGAACAUACAAAUAUAUUGAAUAAAAGAACAGACUCUCUGCUUUCAAACAAACAAACCAGGAAAAAAACGUUUCAACCUAUCUGUAGUUUGUUCUUGGAUUAUAAAAUCUUAAAUAUGGGUAUUUUUCUUUAAAAAUAUAUAUAUUUUUUUAGCAAAAAGCUAAAUAAUUGCAUUUUUGUGAAGGAAUUUUGUUAAAGAUCAGAUUCAGAUUGAUUAUCAAAACAUACACUGAGUUUAAAAUUAGUAAAUAUUUUUUUUUGCUUCAGUUUUUUAUAAAUUGAAUAAUCGCGGAUAUUACAGAUUAACAUAAAAUACAUACAUUUCUCUCUGCACUAAAUGGCAGUGCCGUGGUUGCAUAGUGCUGAUUAACCUUUCCACCACCAUUGACGAGAUAACUUUAAAAAAAUUUACUUUUAUUUUUUUACUUUUAAUUUUAAGUUUUAAUUUCAACAAACCACCAUUAUGGUGAUCAGUGCAUAUCAUCAGCUCAUUUGCAUUUUAAAGGGACAGGGCACAUUUUACAAUGUGGCAUUUUUAACAUGCUAUAGUAAAUUAUCUAUAUGUUAUUUUGAGCUAAAACUUCACAUAUGUGCUCUGGGGACACCAAAGAUUUAUUUGACAUCUUUAAAAAAAAUCACAUUAUAUGACCCCUUUAAUACAUCUCCGUACAUGUAUGUGUAAGCAGGUUUAGAAUAUGGAUAUUACAGCGCCCCCUAUUGACCCUUCUUCUAACGACAAAACAUUUUGGCUUGCAUAUAUACAUAUUAAAUUUAAAAUUUAAUCCAUGUUUUAAAAAUUAAACAUACUGGGGAGAGAGAUGGUGUUCCCUUCAUCCUUGCGUUUUCUACUUUAGGUUGUCAAAGGAAUUUUUGCCUUUGAAACACCACUUAGCACUUUACUACUCUUCAAAUAUUACUUUUACCCUGAAAAUGACAAUCAAUAUUUUAUUAGCAUUCCAGUGAUAGUGCCCUUAAGGACAGGGUUUUUUUUUAAACUAUCAUAAAAGCAGGGACCCCCACAUAUAAUGAACCUUUAGCGAGGGACCCCUUUUCUGAAAUUUAUAUUAAUUUAAUUUAAACUGAUAAAUAAAUAGUAAUGAUAUUAUAAAGAGAGCAAAUUGGUUACACAGCAGACUUUCUCUUUGAAAACCCCUGCCUUAGGAUGGUUUGUAAAGGACAUGUUUUUUUUUUAGGCGACUUAACACAGCAUUUCAUGCUAGUUUGACCUUCUGGUUUGACUGUGGUGGAAAGGUUAAGUUGUAAAUACUGUAUGGAGUAGUUACCUGCUGGACAGGUAAAUAUUAGAUGUGACAUCAUCUAUGACAUUACAUCCAAAGUUAAGAAUAACUACAACCCCAUUCUCAAAUAUUCUUAUGUAUAAGUGUCCACCUAUUUCAUCAUACACAAAUAUUUGUCCUGCUGGCAUUUUUCUUAAGACAUGAAAGUCAUUUGGUCCGUUUUGGGUAUUUGUAUGUGCUGCAAAUAUGUCUUUAUUUAUUUUUUAAAGAGGCACAUGGUUUUAAAAUCCCACUUGUGCAGGGUUGUAUUGCGUAAACCUGCAGUAACUUAACUCUGCCACUAGAGGGCAGCAGAGAUUGAACUAUUUCUACUUUUGAGGAGCACCCUGUGGAUUUAUGUAACAUUAAAGUGAUGACGUCAAAGAGGACACGGAGUGAGGAUUAUUUCUUCACAUUUACAAAAGGGAUUUUGUUAUUUCGUCAAAGCUUAUGGCCUUACAGAACUGUCAGCAAGACUUUUGUCCUCAGGAAACGUUAAAUCAGGCAGUAUAAAAGUACAUAAAAGUUAGCCUUAAAGAAACAAUGGAAUGCACUAAAAUAUAAGCCAGCAUUUUCUCAGGAUUUUAAUUAAUUUGUUUUUGUUUAGGAAGUAAGGUUUCAUCUGUACAUUAAUGUACACGUGGUUUCUUGCAAAAUAUGAAACUAAUAUUAUGUACAUAUCGUUUCGUGUAAAGCAUGUCAUUUUGUUUCAUUUGUGAUUAAUUUUGUAAGAAGUGUAAGGCUUUAUUUAUCAUUGAUGUCUUCACGAAAUUAAAAGCUGUUGCAAUGUUGAA